AUGUUCAAUGUUAUUACUGAAAUUGUUAUCAAUGGAGUACGUAGACAAGUGGCUAAAGUAACAAGAAAAUAUUCUGAAUUCUAUGUACUUGAACAGAAAUUAAUUGAAUUUCAUGGUACAUUAAUAAACAAACAAUUACCAAAACGUCAAUUAACCCCACGUACAAUGGAAUUUCUUGAAAGUAAAUGUGAUAUAUUUCAAAGUUAUUUACAGUAUUUGAUUGCUCAACCAUUCCUUCGUAAUAGACGUUUAGUGAAAUCGGUUCCGUUAAAAUUAACCAAAGAGAAGGGUCAAUUCUUAGACAAUUUCCUAUCGGCUUACUUUGUAUCAUGUCAUCCACAACCUAUAGAAAGUGAUAUUAAUAAUUUGGAAAUGAUUAAAUUAAAAUCUUCAUCCGUUCAUUCUACAACUGAAACUGGUAGUUAUUCUACUUCUUUAAUCCAUUAUUAA